AUUACAUCUACUUUUGAUGAAACUGGAUGCAGCUGUUAUAAAUUUACUUGUGGCUGUUGCGCCCAUUUAGAAGUACCAAAGACUUAUUUGAAUGAUACAGGUUGUGUAAAUCUCACUUAUCUUCCAAAUGAUUAUGGAUUAUCAUUUACUAUCACUAUUGAUAACAAAACCAUUUACAGUGAAACCAUUUCAGUUCACAAUCCACCACCAAUUUGUUUUCGAGCACCACAUCUAAAGAAGUAUACAGACGUUUGCAUUCGAUUUUAUGAUCUACAAGAUUCUAAAAACAAGUUACAUGGUUGUGUAGAACUGGAAGCUCGGCUUUACAGGGUAAAGUUGGCAACAUAUAAAUCAGGUUGUUUUAAUUUAGGUGAUGAUUCUUUUUUCUCACUAAAAAGCUAUCUAGAAGAAACUUUAUUUUCAUUCAAAAAAUUUUUAAAUUACGUUGAAAACUAUAUAGAUGGGUUAAUAAAUAACCAGCCGGAGCAAGCAGCAAUGCCGUUGCUUUUGGCUGGUUAUUUAUUGAUUCACUCUUAUAUGUAUUUGAUUCAAAAAACAACAAUAUAGAUUUCUCAUACUU